UUUGAGCGCGGUCUACCGAUCCACCUGGCAGGGACCUGAAGCGCAGUCGCUAACAAAAGCAGCAGCAGCAGCAAGUGGAACGCGGCUUCUUCUUCUUUCACGCCGACGACAACGACAAACAAUAAUGUGUGAACACAUACCCUGUAUAUUUGAUAAUUGCACACAAGAUCGAUGUGGCCGUGAUGUACGAUCAAUUCAUAUGUGAAGUUACCUGUACAAAAAAUGUGAAAUCAAUAAAAAAUACUUGCAUGAAAAAGCAGACCGCGUAAUUAGUGAAUGAACUGUUGAGUCUCGCUUAUUUUUGGUGGAUACUCAAAAAGUCGCCUUAUUUACAAAUUUUUUACUUUCGUUAUGCAAACCAAAACCAAUUAAGUUGAUUACCGUUUGAACAACAUUUGGGUGAGGUAUUAAUGAUAUGCUUAUAAUGGAAAUGCAGACGUCGCCACAUCUUAGCCAUGGGCUAGCGACACUCUCGCCGGUACACCACCUAGUACACCAGCAUCAGCAUCAGCAUCAGCACCAACACCAUAUUAUCCAUCAAUCCCAAGCCCAGCCCCAGCACCAGCAUCAACAACUCCCACAGCAAAUGGGCGGCUCAUCAACAUUGCACACACUCCAAAGCUCCACAGCCAGCGAGCACCUCGCCGUCAGCAUCAGCACCCAUCAGCAUCAGCAUCAGCAUCAGCAUAGCCAAGUCUAUACCCAGACAUCGUUGGAUGACAAGUCAAAGGAUCAAAAGUUUGACGAAUACUCAAGCGGCUUGGUGCGCGGAAUAUCUACGCCGGUGAUCCAAGAAUCGCCUGGCAGCAGUUUUCUGGGUCAGUCACAGGCGAAUGUGGAAUGGAUAACAGCCAUGGGUGAGGCUCAAACUAACGCAGAAGAUUCGCACAGUUCACAAGGCAGCAUUUCUGGAGAUGGUCACGGGGGCGUCAAUCAAUUAGGAGGCGUGUUCGUUAACGGUCGGCCCCUACCCGACGUCGUCCGGCAGCGAAUCGUGGAGCUGGCCCACAACGGCGUCCGUCCGUGCGAUAUAUCACGCCAGUUACGAGUGAGCCAUGGCUGCGUUUCAAAGAUAUUAUCAAGAUACUACGAGACUGGUAGCUUUAAAGCAGGCGUCAUAGGCGGGUCGAAGCCCAAGGUUGCAACCCCACCCGUAGUUGAUGCCAUUGCGAACUACAAGAGGGAGAACCCUACUAUGUUCGCCUGGGAGAUUCGUGAUCGGUUGCUGGCAGAGGGAAUAUGUUCGCAAGAUAAUGUCCCCAGCGUAUCCUCAAUAAAUCGAAUCGUUCGUAAUAAAGCAGCGGAAAAGGCAAAGCACGUACACCAUCACCAGCAGCAGCAGCAGCAGCAAAUGCAACCGAGCCUGAGCAACGGUCACAUUGGCACUGAGAGCCUUGACAGUAGCACGGGCGCUGUCAGCGAGCAGCAAGCGCCCAGCGUCGGCAACGGCAAUGGCAGCAACAACUCCAGCAGCAACAACAACAACAACACAAAUACUUCAGCGUCGGUCGUUGCGCGUACAACGGGACUGGGCGCAGUUGCAGCGCAAGAAACGGGCGCUGCCGUCGGCAACAGCGCUGCGCCGCACAAUGGGAACAGUAGUAAUGGUAACAGUAGCGGAACAGCGAGUCAACAGGGCACAGAGCAGCGAUCGUCAGGUUCGGGAUAUAGCAUUAACGGCAUUCUGGGUCUACAGCACGGCCAUCAUAUACACAACAACAACAGCAGCACAAAUAACAAUAACAACAAUACCUCGGAUUCAAAUUGCAAGCGCAAGCGAAAUGAAGUUCACGAUGAAAAUCGGGAUGUCAACAUGAAUUCCGAAGAGGAUGUGAAGCGACAGCGUGUGGCCUACGGCGGAGAUCAGAUAUAUACAAAUAUUUGGUCUGGAAAAUGGUGCAUCAAGGAUGAGCACAAGCUGCUCUCUGAGCUCGGUAACUUCACAACGACCAGCACAGGUAGCACACCUGCCUAUUUCGAGGCACCAAAUGGAUACUCGACGAGCACAAUAUCCUGUGCAGGAGUUGGGAGUGCUGUGGGGGGGAACGACUCGUCCAUGAUGUACGACAGCAUAGCCUCAAUAUCCCAGGGACAGAGCACGCUGUACACGCCGCCCAUAGGACCCUCAAUCGGCGGCAGUUCUUUGACGCCCCUAAUGCCUUUAAGCUUGCAAGACAUGAAAUUCAGUGCAAAUAAUCAGGAGCCAACCAUUUCGCCCUUUUACACAGCAAUUGCCAUCGAGAACGGCAAUUACCCGACAAUAACAAGCUUGGAUAACACCAAUAACCCGGCGGUGGUACGUGUUAACGAUGCAAGUCCCGGCAAUUGCAAUAAUUCGCCGAGCUUGGCGCCAAUAAGAAAUGAACAAAGCGAGCCGAGUGUAGAUAAUCUAAAGGACUCGGUCCAUGAUGUGGCUAGAGAUGAGAAUGCCAACAAUAAAAGCCUGCGCAAUGAUUUGGGCAAGCAGCGUGGGAUCAACCAUGUGGACAACCUCCACCUUUCCAUUGCUCACCUUAUGCCCGAACCAGUUCCAGUUCCAGUUCCAGUUCCAGUUCCGGAUCACCAGCAGCAGCAACUAUCGAGCAAUGGAAACGCCAAUACCUCAUCUUCUCUGAUAGUCCCGCAGGCGAAUGCGAAUAGCUCCUCCUCUCUCGAGGCAGGACGUCCUGAUGUCGAUUAUAGCACGGCUAUAUAUGCCACGCCCACAAUGCUACCCAGUUUUAGCCACUACUCCGCAGCGUGCGGAUCGGUAGUGCCCAGUGCGGAUUACGCCUACAGUCCCGCCUAUACACAAUAUGGCGGCACCUACGGAUCUUACAGCUACGGUACUAGCAGCGGCCUAAUAAACUCAUCGUACUACUAUGAAGGCGGCCAGAAUCAGGCGUCCCUCAACCAGGAUUUACGAUCCCCGCUUGCCGCGACCAGGGCCAACUCCCUGGUCUCCGCCGCAUCGCCGACGGGCAGUGCGUGCACAAAGUCGGAAACUUCAGAUAUAUUUCUUGUUUAGUGUGGCAGCAGAAGGUAACAACAAUUAUUAUUCAUCGACCAAUCAUUAGAGUGCCGGAUGGAUAUUCGUAAAAGCAGACACUGGCAAAAAACUGGAAAAACAAGGAGCGUUUAAAUUUAACAACUGUUCCAAAGAAACACACAUAUAUAGCAUGUACUUAAAGGUAUUUAUCUAAAAGUAGGCGAGCAAAGAAAAGCAACAAGUCUGCUGGUUUUCGAAUUGAAGAUGAACUGAACUCAACGAGAACAAUUCUCAUACAUUAGUUUAUUUGCAUUUAAAAAUUGAUGGGUAGGUAUUGCAUUUUGAGAUAAUGAGCAGCAAACGAUACUUCAACCAGACCUUAACAUCCUAAUAUGUAUUAAUAAUUAUUAAGAUUACCAAAUAAUAUAUCAACUAAGAACGUUGCAGUCGAAUGUUGAAUGCCGACUCAAUACUCGGUUCACAUCGAAAUUGCCGAUUAAAUCAGUCGAAACGAGCAAGAGUUCUAGCUCUAGACGGGUGUGCCUAAUUAGGAGAUACCUUGUACCCUGAACCCUAAACCCUGGAAUCUGGCCCCUAAAAUUGUUUUUAUAUUUAAUCGCAACGUUUUUCAUUUUCAUUUCCUUUUUCUUUUUUGUUUAUUUCUAAUACGAUUUAUUACAAGAGGUUAGAGGAAUCCAAAAUUAGUAAAUCCUAUUACCAUGUCGCCAAUUCAAUUUUUGAUUCAAUAUUUUAAGAAUGCCGGAUAAAUCAAAAGAAUCGAAUAAGAAGGGCUAUCUUCGGCACGCCAAAGAUUAAAUACCCUUGGAGACCUAACCUUUGCAUAAACCUCAAGAAGCACAAUGAAAACAGCAUAUGCCGAAUAUG